AUGGCAAUGAGAAGAAAUAGCACCGUUUCCAAAGACAUCAUGCAUGGCAAGUCUGCAGCCAGUACUGCUAGUGGCACUGUUACAGAAAGUGAUGAUAGUAUCAGGAAUAUGGCAGAGCAUCAGAGGACAGGCUCAACAAAGCAAUUAUUAUCCAAGAGAAUAUUGUGUUCGUCACUGCCACCAUCUUCACUCAUAACGACAUCCAAAGCUGAAAUUACAACUUCACUGAUGGCUUCAGCAGUAAGUCAUGGUGGUAGUGUGGCUUCACCAAUUCUCUUUAAAGGAAUUCAAGUAAUCAAUGAUGACGCAAUGUUUGUUUGCGAUGUGUUAGUACAGGAUACUGUAAUACAGCAAGUAUCUGCUAGCGUUGAAGCACCAUCAGGUGCAUUAAUUGUAGAUGGAAAAGGUAAAGUAUUAAUGCCAGCUGGAAUAGAUGUGCGUACGCACAUUUCGUCGUCAAAUUCUGCUGAAGAAUUUGAAAUUAGUUCUAAAGCUGCAGUUAUGGGGGGUACCGCUACGUAUCAAAAAUUUGGUUUUCUAAUUCAUUUGGAAAAAUUAUUUUAG